CCUGCUGUUUGUGUUAUCUGUUAUCAUGUUUAGAUAGAAAUCAACGGAUGCGCUUGUUGCCAAUUCUAUUAGCAUUUAGUUUGUCUUUUACGCUCUGGCAGGCGCUGGGACUCCAUAUAAAGGUCGAUCUGUCGCACGUUUCAAUCACAGAACUCUUAGAAACUCUCUCAACCAACCAUGAAAGCCGUCUUUGUCCUUUGCGCCGCUUUGGCCGCCUUUGUUGUUGUUGUGAAUGCUGAUGCUGGUCGCUCGGCCUGCAAGGAUGAGUCGGAAAUCGGCCAGACAUACCCCCAUCACUUCGAUCCGGCCAAAUACUGGCUGUGCGAGACUCUGGGCACCGCUGCCACCGAGAUCGACUGCCCCAACGGAUUAGCCUACAUGCAUCUGCUGAAGGAGUGCAUUCCCUGGGCCAGCUACAUCUGGAAGAAGCCCGAAUACCCACCAACCGUUGCCUAA